GGUGGGGGCAGAACAGAAGGGAGAGGACAGCAGGGCAGACACUCUCCCAACACCUGCACCUGGUCACUUGAUUCACACUGAAACAGCCUCAAACUCCCUUUAAAGGAUCAUUUUAAAGGACCAACAUCUUGAUCACAUCUCGGUGAUGGUUGCUGCCAUCCAGGCUUAAACUUUUUUUUUUUUUGUGGAGAGUGGAGCAAGCGUUCAGGGAUCAGCUGGGAAUUUGCAAACCUAUCGGAUUGUUUUAUUCCUGCGCAGCGCUGCUGAGGGACAUUUUCCAAUCCAGCUCCGAGGCACUAAACGCGGGGAAUGCAGCGGUAACAUCCCGCAAGUUUUUUGGACCUCAGAGGCGUAGCGGGCACCGAGAAAGUCCGAUUUUUCAAAGAUUUAGAUCUCUGUGGGCUACCUGCAUGACUGUUACCAUGACAGCAUCUGGAGCCCAACUCCUCCUGUUGGCCUUAUGUGUUUACAGAGGCUCGGGCCUGCAGCAGUCUGCUCCGCGGGUUCGACUCUCCUUCAAAGAACUGAUGGACACAAGGGCAGCGCGACCCUUCAGUUUCUCCUUCAACACCAGCGACUACCGCAUCCUCCUGAUGGACCAGGAUCAGGGCCGUCUGUACCUUGGCAGCCGGGAGUAUCUGGUGGCUCUGGACAUGCACAAUGUCAACAAGGAGCCCCUCAUAAUCCACUGGCCAGCAUCUGCUAAGAGAAAGGGAGAAUGUCAGAUGACAGGAAAGGGAAGACAGGGUGAAUGUGCCAACUUUGUGCGGAUGAUAGAGCCAUGGAACCGCACCCAUCUCUACACCUGUGGAACAGGAGCGUACCAACCUAUCUGCACAUUCAUCAACAGAGGCUGGAGGGCAGAGGACUACCUGUUUAGGCUGGUCCCUGGGUAUGUGGAUUCAGGGAAAGGAAAAUGUUCCUACGAUCCUAAACAGGAGAACAUCGCAGUUCUGAUCAAUGGAAACAUAUACGCAGGGGUCCAUAUUGACUUCAUGAGUACAGAUGCUGCUCUGUUUAGGACCAUGGGAGGGAGAACAGCAAUCAGAACAGAGCAGUAUGACUCCAGGUGGCUCAAUGAGCCUGUGUUUGUUCAGAUCCAGCAGAUCCCUGACAGUGCAGAAAGGAACGACGACAAACUUUACUUCUUUUUCCGAGAGAAGAGUCUAGACUCGAGCGGUGGGGCGAGCCCCAGCGUCUUAGCAAGGGUGGGAAGAGUGUGUCUGAAUGAUGAAGGAGGGCAGAAGUCCCUGGUGAACCGCUGGACGACGUUCCUGAAGGCUCGUCUUAUCUGUUCAGUGAUAGGAGAAGAUGGAGUGGAGACACGAUUCGAUGAACUACGCGAUGUGUUUAUUCAGCCCACACAGGAUGAGCGAAACCCUAUGGUGUACGCUCUCUUCACUACAGCAGGCUCUGUGUUCAAGGGCUCAGCAGUCUGCGUUUACUCAAUGGCUGAUAUCCGUAAUGUCUUCAAUGGACCCUUUGCCCACAAGCAUGGCCAUAAUUACCAAUGGACUGAGUAUACUGGCAAGAUUCCCUACCCACGGCCUGGAACAUGUCCAGGAGGAACCUUCACUCCUGGUAUCCGUUCCUCCAAGAACUUUUCAGAUGAGGCUGUGAAUUUCAUCAGAGCUCAUCCCCUCAUGUUCCAUCCAGUUUAUCCUAUCCAUCGUCGCCCCCUGGUGGUGAGAACCGGCGUGGACUACCGCUUCACUGCGCUGGUGGUGGAUCAGGUGGAUGCUGUGGAUGGACGCUAUGAGGUGCUCUUCCUGGGGACAGAUCGAGGCACUGUCCAAAAAGUUAUAGUUUUACCUAAGGACCCAACUAGCAUGGAGGAACUGACACUAGAGGAAGUGGAGGUUUUCAGGACUAGAGCUCCAGUAAAAACAAUGAAGAUAUCCUCUAAAAGACAACAGCUGUAUGUGUCAUCAGACGCGGGGUUGACCCAGGUGUCCCUGCACCGCUGUGGUGUGUAUGGCAGGGCCUGCUCGGACUGCUGUCUGGCUCGAGACCCCUACUGUGCCUGGGACGGAGAGAGCUGCUCUGCCUUCACCCCGUCCACCAAGAGGAGGAGCAGAAGACAGGAUGUUAAACAUGGUGACCCACUGAGGCAGUGCAGAGGCUUUAAUGCCAAAGUGGAGAAACGUCUGAGAGAAAUAGUGCAGUUUGGGGUGGAGGGCAGCAGUACCUUCUUAGAGUGUCAGCCUCGCUCUCCCCAGGCCACCGUCAAGUGGCUCUUCCAGAGGGAUGGAAAGAGGAAAUUGCUCAACCGUGUGGGAGGUAUUCUGAAGACCAACCACGGUAUCCUCCUGAAGUCUCUCAACCAAUCAGAUGCGGGGCUCUACCACUGCCUUGCCACUGAGAACAACUUUAAACACACGGUGACCCGUGUGGCGCUGCGCAUCCUGGAUCGAGACAUCGUUUUAGCUCUCACUGCUCAAGAUGAGGACGAAGAGCCAAAAACUCGCCAAGUGGGACCUUAUACACAGUCAUCCCUCGUCUCCACACCCUUCCCACCAGAGAUUAGACUGAUUAACCAGUACUGCCAGUCCUACUGGGAACAACUCAGUCCCAAACAGCAGCAGCAGCGCAAGCGCACCAGCCGCAGGCACACAGAGAGCCAGGACCAAGGCCUCGGCUAAAGCACAGGACUGAUGUUGUCCAACACUGGCCUGUCUGGACUUUAUGGUGGACUUUUAUGUUUGACAUGCAUGUUUGUGUGUCACCUCCAUUCAUUAGGCAGGUGAUGGUGCCAUGCUGUCGUUAAAGUACCAUAUUGGUGGUUUUGCAAGCAUCAAACUAGAAAAUACAAAUUGUGUUUAUUUUACAUUACCAGUGACCACUAACGUACAUUUUUAGAUCGAUUUUCUAUUUCAGUUCCUGUUGACAUUUGAAUCAACUUACAGAAUUAUUUUCAAACUUCUUCUUCUUGUUAAGUUCAGGUGCUUUCGGGAAACCCCAGUGUCUCUGACUUGAGGAUCACGGUGGAAGAUCAGUGUUUUUAGUGCAAGAAACAAAACAAAAAUUACAAAAAAAUCUUUUUAAUAAAAUAAUAAAUAAAGAAGAGUUUUCAAAACGCAGCUGGAUUGCAAUGCAACUAUAAAAGUAACAAAGACCGUUCAAUUUGAAUGAUCAUUUUAGAAGAUGGUAAAAUGUGAUGUAAAGUAUAUGCAGCGUGUAGUUAAUAGGCUUCAACAUGCAAAACCACAGAUAUGGUACUUUCAAGUAUCUUGAAACAGAAAUGUAAUAUAUUGAUUGUGAAUAUAAUAUAUAUGGUCAUUGGAUUACUCUUGUAUUGUAUGAAGAUAAUAUGAUGAAUGCAUAUGUUGCAUGCAUAACUGUUGUUUGUUGCAAGUUGUACAUUUUACUGUUGUUCUGUUUUCAACCUUGGUGUGUAUUGAUGUUCGUAAGGUGUAAUGUAUUCUGUUAAGCUAAUUCCAUUGGAUGUUGUCAUAUAAUGACUCCCUUACUGUCCUGUGCUCUAGUGACCUACAGUAUGUGAGUGUUGAAGAUAUGUAUAGCGUACAGUGUUCUUCCAGUUAUGCACUUUGUCGGUGGUGGUAUUCGAGGGAAUUGGGGAUCUUUGCACAGAUGUAUGAGAAAAUGUUACAGGAACAUAAUGUUUUUUAUGUACAGUAUGUUAUAAAAAUGGGAAUGAAACCGGCUCAUUUUAGUAUUGAUUGUUGGUGUUCUGUCAUAUGCUGUGUUUACAGAUUUUUCAAAUUGCUCUUUUUAAAGGAAGCACGAGGAACAAGAAAUUUUCCAGCCAGAGCCACCAUUCACCUUCAUUGUGAGUAACACAGUGCUAUGUGCUGUCAUGCUGAUGAAUCCUACACUGGAAAUGUUC